GCGGCCGCCAUGUUGGACCGGUCGUCCUGUCGCCAAGACAAACAAAAAUAAAGAAGACAAACACAAGAUGCCUGAGCAUUGUGCGGCAUAUGCCUGCUCAAAUCGGCAGACUAUUGAAGCCAGGGAUCGGGGGAUUACCUUUCACAAGUUUCCCAAAAAAGAUGUGAGGAAGAAGUGGGAAGUGGCCUUAAGGAGAGAAGGCUUCACUGCAACUGACUCGUCUGUGCUCUGCAGUGAACAUUUUAAGCCAGAAGAUUUUGACCGGACCGGUCAGAUCGUGAGACUGAAAGAUGGUGUUAUUCCGUCAGUCUUCAACUUCCCGCUUCACCUCCAAAGACCAGAAAAGGGCAGAACCACAUCUACCUCCAGAAGACCUGAAGAGAGCAUGUCAGCAGCCUCUCAGGAUGAGACUUCAGCCUCACUUCCACAACCUCAGCCUAAUGAUGUGAGUAUUUGUAUUUUAACAUCAUAACAUAAUGGCCAACAGGUGGCUGAUAAAUAC